AUGAAUAUACCAUACCAAUUCGUUAUGGAUGGAUGAUGAGAUUCCAUUGAUACAGAGCCAAUUCCAAUAGACUUAUUAAACGUUCCCAUUGGCGUGCAUCCAGCAGGAAUUGAACCUACGAAUUUACCAAUUAUGAGUUGGGCGCUUUAACCAUUCAGCCAUGGAUGCUUAACUUAACACAUCAUAUAUUGUAAAUAAACAAAUUCUAAUUGGGAUGCUUAACUUAACACAUCAUAUAUUGUAAAUAAACAAAUUCCAGUUCAAAUACAAUCUUAGCCGGAGGAGGUCUAAAUAUCAAUGAAGAGACAUCAAUUCAAAUCCUGGAUCGUCGAAUUGAGAGAGAUAUUGAGAGAGAUCAAGAAUUCUCACUAUUUCUUAGAUUCAUGGAUCAAAUUCAAUUCAGUGGGAUCUUUCACUCACAUUUUUUUCCAUCAAGAACGCUUUAUGAAACUUUUUGACCCCCGAAUUUGGAGUAUCCUACUUUCACGUGAUUCGCAGGGUUCAACAAGCAAUCGAUAUUUCAUGAUCAAAGGUGUAGUACUGCUUGUAGUAGCGGUCCUUAUAUCUCGUAUUAACAAUCGAAAGAUGGUCGAAAGAAAAAAUCUCUAUUUGAUGGGGCUUCUUCCUAUACCUAUGAAUUCCAUUGGACCUGGAAAUGAGACAUUGGAAGAAUCUUUUUGGUCUUCCAAUAUCAAUAGGUUGAUUGUUUCGCUCCUGUAUCUUCCAAAAGGGAAAAAGCUUUCUGAGAGUUGUUUCAUGGAUCCGCAAGAAAAUACUUGGGUUCUCCCAAUAAAUCAAAAGUGUAUCAUGCCUGAAUCUAACCGGAGUUCACGGUGGUGGAGGUGGGGGAAGCGGAUCGGAAAAAAAAGGGAUUCUAGUUGUAAGAUAUCUAAUGAAACCGCAGGAAUUGAGAUCUCAUUCAAAGAGAAAGAUAGCAAAUAUCUGGAGUUUCUUUUUUUAUCCUAUACGGAUGAUCCGAUCCGCAAGGACCAUGAUUGAGAAUUGUUUGAUUGUCUUUCUUCGAGGAAGAAGCGAAACAUAAUCAACUUGAAUUCAGGACAGCUAUUCGAAAUCUUAGGGAAAGACUUGAUUUCUUAUCUCAUGUCUGCUUUUCGUGAAAAAAGACCAAUUGAAGGGGAGGGUUUCUUCAAACAACAAGGAGCUAAGGCAACUAUUCAAUCAAAUGAUAUUGAGCAUGUUUCCCAUCUCUUCUCGAGAAACAAGUGGGGUAUUUCUUUGCAAAAUUGUGCUCAAUUUCAUAUGUGGCAAUUCCGCCAAGAUCUCUUCGUUAGUUGGGGGAAGAAUGAGCACGAAUCGGAUUUUUUGAGGAACGUAUCGAGAGAGAAUUUGAUUUGGUUAGACAAUGUGUGGUUGGAUCGGGUUUUUAGCAAGGUACGGAAUGUAUUGUCAAAUAUUCAAUAUGAUUCCACAAGAUCAAGAUCUAUUUUCGUUCAAGUAAGGGAUUCUAGCCAAUUGAAAGGAUCUUCUGAUCAAUCCAUAGAUCAUUUCGAUUCCAUUAGAAAUGAGGAUUCAGAAUAUCCCACAUUGAUCGAUCAAACAGAGAUUCAGCAACUAAAAGAAAGAUCGAUUCUUUGGGAUCCUUCCUUUCUUCAAACGGAACGAACAGAGAUAGAAUCAGAUCAAUUCCCGAAAUGCCUUUUUGGAUCUUCCUCAAUGUCCCGGCUAUUCACGGAACGUGAGAAGCAGAUGAAUAAUCAUCUGCUUCCGGAAGAAAUCGAAGAAUUUCUUGGGAAUCCUACAAGAUCAAUUCGUUCUUUUUUCUCUGACAGAUGGUCAGAACUUCAUCUGGGUUCGAAUCCUAUUGAGAGGUCCACCAGAGAUCAGAAAUUUUUGAAGAAAAAACAAGAUGUUUCUUUUGUCCCUUCCCGGCGAGCGGAAAAUAAGGAAAUGGUUGAUAUAUUCAAGAUAAUUACGUAUUUACAAAAUACCGUCUCAAUUCAUCCUAUUUCAUUCUUGAACAAAAAUCCAUUUUUUGAUUUAUUUCAUCUAUUCCAUGACCGGAACAAAAGGGGAUACACGUUACACCACGAUUUUGAAUCAGAAGAGAGAUUUCAAGAAAUGGCAGAUCUAUUCACUCUAUCAAUAACCGAGCCGGAUCUGGUGUAUCAUAGGAGAUUUGCCUUUUCUAUUGAUUCCUACGGGUUGGAUCAAAAAAAAUUCUUGAAUCAGGUAUUCAACUCCAGAGAUGAAUCGAAAAAGAAAUCUUUAUUGGUUCUACCUCCUCUUUUUUAUGAAGAGAAUGAAUCUUUUUAUCGAAGGAUCAGAAAAAAAUCGGCCCGGAUCUACUGCGGGAAUGAUUUGGAAGAUCCAAAACGAAAAACAGCGGUAUUUGCUAGCAACAACAUAAUGGAGGCAGUCAAUCAAUAUAGAUUGAUCCGAAAUCUGAUUCAAAUCUAUGGGUACAUAAGAAAUGUAUCUAAUCGAUUCUUUUUAAUGAAUAGAUCCGAUCACAACUUCGAAUAUGGAAUUCAAAGGGAUCAAAUAGGAAAUGAUACUCUGAAUCAUAUAACUAUAAUGAAAUAUACGAUCAACCAACAUUUAUCGAAUUUGAAAAAGAGUCAGAAGAAAUGGUUUGAUCCUCUUAUUUCUCGAACCGGGAGAUCCAUGAAUCGGGAUCCUGAUGUAUAUAGAUACAAAUGGUCCAAUGGGAGCAAGAAUUUCCAGGAACAUUUCCUUUCUGAACAGAAGAACCAUUUUCAAGUAGUGUUCGAUCGGUUACGUAUUAAUCAAUAUUCGAUUGAUUGGUCCGAGGUUAUAGACAAACAAGAUUUGUCUAAGUCACUUCGUUUCUUUUUGUCCAAGUCACUUCUCUUUUUGUCCAAGUCACUUCCCCUUUUCUUUGUGAGUAUCGGGAAUACCCCCAUUCAUAGGUCCGAAAUCCACAUCUAUGAAUUGAAAGGUCCGAAUGAUCAACUCCGCAAUCAGUUGUUAGAAUCAAUAGGUGUUCAAAUCGUUCAUUUGAAUAAAUUGAAACCCUUCUUAUUGGAUGAUCAUGAUACUUCCAAAAGACCGAAAUCCUUGAUCAAUGGAGGAACAAGAUUACCAUUUUGCUUCAAAAAGAUACCAAAGUGGGUGAUUGACUCAUUCCAUACUAGAAAUAAUCGCAGGAAAUCCUUUGAUAACACGGAUUCCUAUUUAUCAAUGAUAUUCCAUGAUCGAGACAAUUGGCUGAAUCCCGUGAAACCAUUUCAUAGAAGUUCAUUGAUAUCUUCUUUUUAUAAAGCAAAUCCACUUCGAUUCUUGAAUGAUCCAAAUCGCUUCUGGUUCUAUUGUAACAAAAGAUUCCCUUUUUAUGUGGAAAAGACCCGUAUCAAUAAUUAUGAUCCUACAUAUGGACAAUUCCUCACUAUCUUGUUCAUUCGCAACAAAAUAUUUUCUUCGUGCGUCGGUAAAAAAAAACAUAUUUUUGGGGAGAGAGAGACUAUUUUGCCAAUCGAGUCACAGGUAUCUGACAUAUUUAUACUUAACGAUUUUACACAAAGUGGUGACGAAAGGUAUAACUUGUACAAAUUUUUCCAUUUUCCAAUUCGAUCCGAGCCAUUCGUUCGUAGAGCUAUUUACUCGAUCGCAGACAUUUCUACAACACCUCUAACAGAGGAACAAAUAGUUAAUUUUGAAAGAACUUAUUGUCAGCCUCUUUCAGAUAUGAAUCUAUCUGAUUCAGAAGGGAAGAACUUGCAUGAGUAUCUCAGUUUCAAUUCAAACAUGGAUUUGAUUCACACUCCAUGUUCUGAGAAGGAUUUCCCAUCUGGAAAGAGGAAAAAAAAACGGAGUCUUUCUCUAAAGAAAUGCGUUGAGAAAGGGCAGAUGUAUAGAACCUUUCAACGAGAUAGUGCUCUUUUCAAUCUCUCAAAAUGGAAUCUCUUCCAAACAUAUAUGCCAUGGUUCCUUACUUCGACAGGGUGGAAAUAUCUAAAUUUCACCACCCUUUUAGAGAUUUUUUCAGAACCAUUGCCGAUACUAAGGAUACUAAGUAGCAGGCACAAAUUUGUAUCCGUUUUGAGAGAUAUUAUGCAUGUAUCAGAUAUAUCAUGGCCAAUUCCUCAGAAGAUUCUUCCACAAUGGACUCUGACUCUGAAAAGUAAGAUUUCGAGUCUGAUAAGUGAGAUUUCGAGUAAGUGUUUCCAGAAUCUCCUUCUGUCCGAAGAAACGAUUCAUCGAAAUAAUGAGUCACCCGUUCCAUUGAUAUGGACACAUCUGAGAUUAACAAAUGCUCGGGAGUUCCUCUAUUCAAUCCUUUUCCUUCUUCUUGUUGCUGGAUAUCUCGUUCGCAUACAUCUUUUCUUUGUUUCCCGAGCCUCUAGUGAGUUACAGACAGAGUUAGAAAAGAUCAAAUCUUUGAUGAUUCCAUCAUACAUGAUUGAGUUGCGAAAACUUUUGGAUAGGUAUCCUACAUCUGAAUCUGAACUGAAUUCUUUCUGGUUAAAGAAUCUCUUUCUAGUUGCUCUGGAACAAUUAGGAGAUUUUCUGGAAGAAAUACGGGUUUCUGCUUCUGGUGGCAACAUGCUAUUGGUUGGUGGUUCCGCUUAUGGGGUCAAAUCAAUACGUUCUAAGAAGAAAUAUUUGAAUAUCGAUCUCAGAAGUAUCAUACAAAAUCCCAUCAAUCGAAUCGCUUUUUCGAGAAAUACGAGACAUCUAAGUCGUACAAGUAAAGAGAUCUAUUCAUUGAUAAGAAAAAGAAAAGGGGUGAACGGUGAUUGGAUUGAUGAGAAAAUAGAAUCCUGGGUCGCGAACAGUGAUUUGGUUGAUGAUGAAGAAAGAGAAUUCUUGGUUCAGUUCUCCACCUUAACGACCGAAAAAGAAAAAAGGAUUGAUCAAAUUCUAUUGAGUCUGACUCAUAGUGAUCAUUUAUCAAAGAAUGACUCUGGUUAUCAAAUGAUUGAACAACCGGGAUCAAUUUACUUACGAUACUUAGUUGACAUUCAUAAAAAGUAUCUAAUGAAUUAUGAGUUCAAUAGAUCCUGUUUAGCAGAAAGACGGAUAUUCCUUGCUCAUUAUCAGACAAUCACUUAUUUACAAACCCCGUGUGGGGCUAAUAGUUUUCAUUUCCCAUCUCAUGGAAAACCCUUCUCGCUCCGUUUAGCCCUAUCCCCUUCUAGGGGUAUUUUAGUGAUAGGUUCUAUAGGAACUGGACGAUCCUAUUUGGUCAAAUACCUAGCGACAAACUCCCAUGUUCCUUUCAUUACGAUAUUUCCGAACAACUUUCCGUAUUCGUAUUACAAGCCUGAAGGUUUUUUUAUUGAUGAUAGUGAUAGUGACGAUAGUGAUUAUCGUGACGAUAUCGAUAUUGAUGAUAGUGACGAUAUUGAUGAUGACCUUGAUCUUGAUACGGAGCUGCUAGAUAUGACGAAUGUGCUAACUAUGGAUAUGCCGCCGAGUAUAUACGGAUUUUAUAUCGAUAUCACCUUUCGAUUCGCAUUAGCAAGAGCAAUGUCUCCUUGCAUAAUAUGGAUUCCAAACAUUCAUGAUCUGUAUGUGAAUUACAGAUCCUUCGGUCUAUUACAGAACUAUCUCUCCAGAGAUUGUGAAAGAUAUUCCACUAGAAAUAUUCUUGUUAUUGGUUCGACUCAUAUUCCCCAAAAAGUGGAUCCCGCUCUAAUAGCUCCGAAUAAAUUAAAUACAUGCAUUAAGAUACGAAGGCUUCUUAUUCAACAACAACGAAAGCACUUUUUCAUUCUUUCAUAUACUAAAGGGUUUCACUUGGAAAAGAAAAUGUUCCAUACUAACGGAUUCGGGUCCAUAACCAUGGGUUCCAAUGCACGAGAUCUUGCAGCACUUAUCAAUGAGGCCCUAUCCAUUAGUAUUACACAGAAGAAAUCAAUUAUAGAAACUAAUACAAUUAGAUCAGCUCUUCAUAGACAAACUUGGGAUUUGCGAUCCCAGGUAAUAUCUGUUCAGGAUCAUGGGAUCCUUUUCUAUCAGAUAGGAAGGGCUGUUGCACAAAAUGUACUUCUAAGUAAUUGCCCCGUAGAUCCUAUAUCUAUCUAUAUGAAGAAGAAAUCAUGUAAAGAAGGGGAUUCUUAUUUGUACAAAUGGUACUUCGAACUUGGAACGAGCAUGAAGAAAUUAACGAUACUUCUUUAUCUUUUGAAUUGUUCUGCCGGAUUGGUCGCUCAAGAUCUUUGGUCUUCACCCGGACCUGAUGAAAAUAAUUGGAUCGCUUCUUAUAGAUUCACUGAGAAUGAUUCUGAUCUAGUUCAUGGCCUAUUAGAACUAGAAGGCGCUCUGUUGGGAUCCUCACGGACAGAAAAAGAUUGCAGUCAGUUUGAUAAUAAUCGAGUGACAUUACUUCUUCGGUCCGAACCAAGGAAUCAGUUAGAUAUGAUUCAAAACUAUGAAAAAUACGAAUCGGAGUUUGAAGAAGAGGAAGAGGACAUCGACCCGCAACAAAUGGAGGAGGAUUUAUUCGAUCACAUAGUUUGGGCUCCUAGAAUAUGGCGCCCUUGGACCAAUCUAUUUGAUUGUAUUGAAAGGCCCACUGAAUUGGGAUUUCCCUAUCGGGCCGGAUCAUUUCGGGGCAAGCGAAGCAUUUAUCAUGAAGAGGAUGAGCUUCAAGAGCAUGAGGAGGAGUUCUUGCAGAGGGGAACCAUGCAGUACUGGACACCAGAUAGAUUUUCCAAAGAACAAGGCUUUUUUCGAAUAAGCCAAUUCAUUUGGGACCCUGCAGAUCCAUUCUUUUUCCUAUUCAAAGAUCAGUCCUUUGUCUCUGUGUUUUCACAUCGAGAAUUCUUUGCAUAUGAAGAGAUGCCAAAGGUGCUUAUUACUUCCCAAACAGAUUCUCCUACAUCUAUGUAUACACGUUGGUUCAUCGGGAAUAGGCAAGAAGAGUACUGUGAAUUGUUGAUUCAUCGCCAGAAAUGGCUUAGAAGCAAGAGUUCAUUAUCUAAUGGAUCUUUCCAUUCUAAUAUUCUAUCCGAGAGUUAUCAGUAUUUAUCAAAUUUCUUCCUAUCUAAGGGAAUGCUAUUGUAUCAAAUGACAAAGACAGUGUUGAGAAGGGGAUGGCUUUUCUCGGAUGAAAUGAAACAUUUGAUUCAUGUAACAGGAGAAAGAUUUCCCAUUCCUUAGCCGUAAAGAUAUGUGGCCAUGAAAAAGGGAUUAAGUGGAACAGGAUUGGCUGGGUGGUAGAGUCGUUGAAAUACUUUUUAUUCCAUAUUUUGGACCUUAGCUCCAUGGAACAAUAUGCUACUGCUGAAACAUGGAAGAAUUGAAAUCUUAGAUCAAAACACUAUGUAUGGAUGAUAUGAACUGCCUAAACAAGAAUUCUUGAACUGUGAACAACCAGAGUCUAUUACUCACUACAUCAAACAAUUUCCAUUAAUGAAACCAUG